CAAGAAGUGAUAAUGUUUUGUUUUCGUAAAAGAUGCCCUCAAGCAGUUUUCGAGUCUGGAUUAAAGUUUUAAAAUAGUGAGAAAUUGAUGAAAAUGCUUUUGAAUCCGAACAAAAAUCCUGGAGUGUCCUACGAUGUGAUAAACACGAAGUUGUUGAAUACUACAGUGAAUUAUUCUGCCGUUAAUGACUAUGUGAAAAGUUUGUGCUGCCGGAGAGGGAAGGAUAAAAACUGUCAAAUUGCUUCGUUGCUUCGUGCCGUCACUUGCAUCGACCUGACCACAUUGUGUGGGGAUGACGCUCCAUCCAAUGUCCAUCGAUUGUGUUGUAAAGCUAUGUUCCCCAUACACGAAGAAAUAUUACUCGGAAUUGGAUUGAAUCCGAGUGAUGUCAGAGUGGGAGCCGUAUGCGUGUAUCCCGCCAAGGUUUCCGAUUGUGCCAAAAUGCUAAAGUGCGCCAAAGACGAGGAAGCGACCAUCCCCAUCGCUGCCGUGGCAACCGGGUUUCCCACCGGACAGUAUCACCUGCAUACGAGGCUUCAUGAAAUCACCGCAUGCGUAAAUGACGGUGCUGACGAAAUUGACAUAGUCAUUCGCCGUGAUUUGGCACUGUGCGAGAAAUGGAAAGAACUUUUCGAGGAAGUCAAGCAGAUGCGAGAAGCCUGUGGGCCCUCCGUCAAGUUGAAGACCAUUCUGGCCGCAGGGGAACUGGGAUCCUUCACCAAUGUGUACAAGGCCAGCAUGAUAUGCAUGGCAGCAGGUGCCGAUUUCAUAAAGACGUCGACCGGAAAAGAGUCCGUCAAUGCAACCCUACCCAUUGGAGCAGUCAUGACUCGUGCCAUUAAAGAUUAUCACUCACUUACUGGAUAUAAGGUUGGAUUCAAGCCAGCAGGCGGCAUUCGCACAGCCAAAGACGUUCUGAAUUGGCAAGAGCUUAUGGAAGAUCAGUUAGGAAAAGAAUGGUUAUUUCCCGAUUUGUUUAGAAUCGGAGCCAGCAGCUUACUCGGAGAAAUAGAAAAAACAAUUUUUAAAUUAGUUACUGGGCAUACUGCACCAAGUUACAUGUUUCAAUAUCAAUGACCUAUAAAUGCGAUUCAUUUUAUGACUCCAAUAUUAUUCGAUUAUAGUUCGUUUGUAUUUUAUUUGUGUUUGAAAUAAAUAUUUUUGUAG